AGAUAUUUACUUGUUGAUUUGACAUUCGUCGGCUUUUGUUUAUUUUGUAUUUAAAAGCGAGUUGUAUUCAAUAACUUAUCACUUUUUCGAUUUCUUCAUAUUACUUAUAUUAUUUUCAUAAGUUUAAACAUUAAUGAAGAGGAGGUUACAUACCCACAUUGUGAAGGUGUUUGCAACCAUGAAAAUGAAUUAGUGUUGGAAUAGACUUUGAUUUUCACAUCAGAACAUCACAAAAUUAUCUUAGACAAUCAUUAGUGAUUUAAUAUUUACAUUAUCAUUUACUCCUUUGUACAAAUGAAGCAAAAAACAGAUAUAAAUACAGGUAAUUUUAUUUCAGAUUUAAAUGGCAGCAUAUCCCAAAAAUGGAAGAGACUUAGAAAGUGUUGCGCUUCCCUUCGAGGUAGUAAUGUACACAAUACAGAAACAUCUAAAAAUACACUUCUCGAGUCAUCAUCACCUCAUAUUCUAGUCAGUACCCCUCACACUACUUCGUCAUUACGUAUACCAAACAGCACUAAAAGGAACAGCGUCCAAGAUAUACUUAGAGCAAAAUUGAGUCAAAUCCAUGUAGGUUUAAGAAAACGACGAGCGUUGUCAGUUCAAGAGUUUUCUCAUAGUCCUAACCAAGAAAAACCUACAACUUUUUACGUUCCGUCCCCUUAUCCGGAUACCACCAUUACGCAAAACCGUCGACCCCGGUCCCGUCAACGAGCUGUCAAUUCUCUCUCCUUCACUCCAUCCCAGAGUAGGGAGUACAUAAAAUGUCAAAGCGGGGAAUGGGAUGACCUUCCUUACGAACCACCUCCUGAUUACGACGUGGAAGAAAAACUUCCUACCCGUAGAUGGUCUGUGGUGGCCUUCAGCAAGGGUGCAGAAAAAACAAAAGCAAAAAUAGAGAAUGUGAAUAUAAAAAUACCGAAGACUAAGCUGAAUAAACAGUAUGACCGGGCAAGGUCACAGUCACCCAGUUGGAAUAAAUCAGCCGCGAAUACGGUUGAUAGCGAGAAUAGACGAGUGGCCAACUCGAAAAGUCAUUAUGAACUCAUAGGUGCUAGGAAAAAACCGGAAGGCGGACGAGACCGCGGACGUGAGCAACAGGAAUCUAUAGAAGAGUCAGAAGAGGUAGAAGAAGAGGAAAGUAAAUUUUGUACUUUACCUCGAGGAGGCAACACUUUCACAAUACGACAAGUAAUUUUCCAAAAAGGUGCCGACUUUAAACCAUUAGGAUUUAGUAUAGUUGGAGGGAGGGAUUCCCCAAAGGGCAGUAUGGGUAUUUAUGUGAAAACAAUUUUCCCUAACGGCCAGGCAGCUGACAGUGGGACUUUGAAAGAGGGUGAUGAAAUUCUUGCAGUGAAUAGCAAACCUCUUCAUGGAUGUUCUCACAAAGAAGCAAUCAAUGUUUUCAAACAAAUUCGUCAAGGAUCUGUUCUCUUACAUAUAGGUCGAAGGUUAACCAAAAAACAUAGAGAUAAAACGUAUUAAUUUUGUUUUAUAGUAUAGGGCAUCAGUUUGUGUCAUUUGAAUAAUUUAUAUAAAAAUAACUUGAAUGUGCUUCAUAUGCAGAAAACUGGUAAGGGUUGAAUAAUUUCGUAGAUGGCUGAACUUGUCACUAUCAUUUACAAUGUCCUUUUAAAUUCAAUUUUUAUAAAUCACACAAUUAACAUUUUGUAAUCAAACGCAUAAGGAUGUCUGCCGAAGUCGAGCAGAAUGGUGCUAAAAAAAGAAAAAUACAAAUGAGACGCGCCAUCUGUCGGAAAGCAAUGGUAAACCAGCGAUAGUAGUCUUCCUAGUACAAUUUUUCAAUAUAAGCAUUUGGAUUCAAAUUUCAUUCUGUUUGGGAUAAGUGAUAAGCACAACACAGUUAAAGUAAUAUGUUGUUUGAUCACGGACAUUGCAUAAGAAGAAUAAGAAAAUACUUACCAUUGGAGGUUCGACCAUUGACUAUUAUUCAAUAUAUUCUCGCUUUAUUUCCACACAGUUUGCAAAACUUUUGACUAAUGCUUUUAUGUCGCAUAAAAAUAUGAUGCAUGUUAGAGUCAAAAUGUUCGUACACUCUGACAUCGUCGCUAUUAAAUCUUUUACACCUUAACUAAGCCUUCAGUUCAGUUCAAUCUUUGUGAAGGUAUGCUCGUAUACAGUAGGCUUAGAAAGCGACUGAAUUACUUUCAUGAAGCAAGAGCACACUCCGGCUUAUGUUAUUGCACCUUUAUUCAAUAAUUUUUUGACGCAACUGCCUUAAUAAGCUAAGCCGCAUUCACGGUGAUUCCUUAAAGUCAAUUAAAGGGAUACCCUCACAACCUCAAAAUAUUCUAUCUAUCACUUGUUGGGUGCUUUUCGUGCCCUAUGUUUUUUUUUGGCAAGGGCUUACCUUUCCAAUAUCACUCCAUGGAAUCUCUUUUAGAUCCUGGAUCAUAGUAAAGACCAUAGUUUCAUCACCCGUUACAAUUGAUGGAUUACACUUUUUUGGUCCUCGUGGCAAUGCUCUAAAAAUAACUCACAACAUUCUACUCGACGCUACGCUGAGAAUCCUAGACACCCCUAAUUUUCACUAAUUUUUAUCAUAUUUAAAAGCCCAUGUAGGAUCCCUAGAACACUUAUUUUGGAAAUACCGGUCUGUACUGCAAUUUAUUUUGCUUUUAGGUGCCUGUCACUUUCAUUUUCUUCCAUUAAUUCAAUGUUUUCUGAGUAGUCACCGUUAUAAGACCCCGCACGUGUGUCAUAGUCUAAUCAUUCACAACAAAACUACUUAGACCAAUUUUUAAUUGUUGAAAAUGAUGGACACUAGUUACCAUAAACAUUGUAUUUUUAAUUUGUGUUGGAUUUAAUUCUUCUUUAUCACAGCUCGAAACUCAAUUUGAGACAACUGGACUGAAGGGUCGUUUCAGCUCUACUAUAAUUAAAUGGAUUGAAGAAGCAAGUUAAAAAUUUACGUAAAGCUUGUUGAGACUUAUUACUGACGUGUGCAUAAAGAUUAUUGCAAACGCACUUUAUUUACUAUAUGCGUCCAAGAACUCAUGGAACUAACUCAAUACGUACAUAAAGGAAACUUUGAAAUUAAUUUUCACUGAAUUGAAUUAAAUUUUUUACAUCUUCUUUAACAUGAUCAGCAUCAAAGUAAAGUGGCCCUCAGUUAUGUGAAGAUACUGGAUGUUUUUGAAAAUAGAGGAAAUCAGUUGCACAAAGUACUCACCCUCGUUUCACUUUUUCUCUGUAUGACCCUGUAUUUCAAUAUUGCAAUACUUGUCCUCACAAGUUUUUCUCUAUUUACUUCAGCCAGUUUGUCUCGUUUCUCCUCCUUGUUCUAUCGUUCAACCCGUUUCGCCACCUCUAUAUCUAAUAUUUCAACUUUCUUAAUCACAUUUUUUAUCAAUUUUCAUUACUCUCUGUAAGACUAUUUAGCACAUGUGAUGAGUUUAUUAUUUUAAACCCCGUUUUCUCUUUUUAAGCUAAUUUCUACAACCUUUUUUCUACAAUAUUCAUUGUUAUUCACAUAAGCAAUCACAUCCCAAAAAUUAAAUACUUCAAUGCCUAGCUGAAAGUUGCCCAUAAUGAGUUUUCUUUUUUUCACUGUGGAUUAUUUUGAUUGAUUUAUUAUUAUCAUACAGAUAUUUCUUCAUCUUUAACACCUAUGAGACAAAAAAAUGUUUGUUUCAGUGAAAAAGAACCUCAUUUUCGCAUCUUUCGAUAUGAUCAAAUGGAAGCAUUCUAGUUUUAAAUGACAUAAGUUGAUAGAAUUUUUGAUGUAGUAAUUAUGCAGUAUUGAUAUAUUAGAUUCAAAAAUAAAUAUUUUCAGUAAAAUAUGCGAGAUAUAAUGGGAUUGUAAUCGUUUCAUUUGUGAAUUUUGCAUUCAACUUAAAUUACUAGUAGUAGGUCCUUUCAUGUUGUCUAGGUAAUGAAUGGUUUAAAUGUUAGGCUUAAAAUGUCAAUGAGUGCAAUUAUUUUGAGAUGUCAUUCGUACAUAUAUCUUAUUGUAAGUAUUGGUAGUGGUUUUGCAGUUCUAUGUGCAAUUUUAAUGUUUGUUUCUUCUUUGAAUUCCUUGCUAAUUUUUUCAAAAAGAGUUUUAAUGCAUGAAAUAGAACCAAAGACUAUCCUAUUCAUUAUAAUCAUAGCCUACCUCAUUAUGGGUGUGACUGCUAGUGAUGUGAAUCCACAUUUUCAAUAGGAUAUCCAUUUCUUUGGAGGAUAUCUUCAUUUUGAAUGGAUGAUUUGAUUUAAAAUUAAGAUAUCUUCCAGAACUGGUAGGUUUUACGUACUAGUCAAGGAUUAUCUUGUUGUCAUUCGUUCAUAUUAGUUUUGUGUCUAUGAAAGGUACACAUCUGUUGGAUUUUUGCAGAUCAACCUUGAUGUACUGUGCUCAAAUGGGUGAUACUGGGCUUCCUAUAGGUGUUCCAAAAAUUUUUUUGUAAUAUUGAUUAUUAAAAGCAAAAAAGAGGUGUCAUUGACGAAAUCUACGAGUUCUAAAAAUUGCUUUAUGUUUAAUCUGCAGGUUUUUUGGAUUGACUAUCAAUGUGAUGAAGUGAACUUUUUACUAGGUCAACCAGAAUGUAAAAAGUGAUACAUCAAACUGAUGAUUACAUAGUUGGUUGGUAAUUGACAGUUUUGAAUAAACAACGCAAAAUCAAAAGAAUCCUUGACAAAAAACAUGUUUUUAUUGUGAGCUAGUGCAAGUUUAUUGGUGAUAAAUUGUGCAAUAUUUUCGUUGGGUGAUUUUAUGGAAAUAUAAAAUAGAGGAGCUCAUCUUUAGGAGCUUUCUAUCUUCGUCUUAAAAAAUUUCAGAAUGUUUCCUGACCAGUGCUUGUGCUUUUUGUUGUCUUAAAAUUCGCCAUAGACAAUUAUAUAAGAAGUAUAGCACUCACCACAAAUGAUAUUAUGUCGUUCCUUACUUAGACUCUUCCUUGCUGCAAGUUCCUAUAAUUCGAUUAUUACAUCUUCUAAAUAUUGAAAAUAAUAGUAAUUUAUCGUAUCCUGUGAUCAAAAAGUUUCAGUCUUCAGAAUUGUCCAAUAUUUGUAUAUUAAUUCCCAAUUUAAUAGUGAAAAAACUAAAUUUAUUGGCUCUUGUUAAAUUCAGCAGAUUCAAACCUAACACUUGAAUUCUUUGAACUUGCAUUUAAUUGAUGAUAAUUGGGCAUAAAAGUGGCGUACAACAUUAGAAGAACAUUUCCUUAUAACUUUCUUGGACCUCUGACUAGGUUAAGAUUAAUUUGAGGAUUGUGAUUUCACGGUUUGUUUCAAUAGUUACAGGGAAAAAAUUAUUGUGGCAUAUAUUAUAAGCACCUACUGUAUUUAGAGGUUUGCUGUAUAAUAACGUAGUUUGGUAGGUACAUUCGCAGGAUACAACUCAACUCUGCCAUCGAUGGUAUGGGUAUUGGUACUUUUACUAUUGAUUAUAACAGGCGUGAAUGUCUCAAUACUGCAAAUUUACCCAACAGAAUUUGCUAAACCGUAAAUAAGUACCAAAGAUACGUUAUCAGCUAUUGUGCUUAUGUAUUUUACGUUAUUUUAUAUUCACAUUUUUUGUCCAUUAUAUAGUUAUGUAUUAUAUUACAAUAAUUCACCCAAAUCUAACAUCACUUUAUUAAUUAUAUUUGUUUAUAAUUACUCUUGUUGUUUGGUUUUAAAUAUGUGAUAAUGUGUAUAUUUACUCCAUAUUCAAAUAUCUUUAUAGUGGUUUUGAUUAUUUUAUACAAUAAAUUUUUUUUACAAA